UUAACGAAAACUUUGAAAAAAAAAUUGAGCUAGCCAAAAAAAGAAUUUAACCGAAACCAAAAUUAAACUGAAACCAAAAACUUCGGUUAAUUUUAGUAAAAUUUUCAUUAAUUGAAAUCUAUAAUAUAAUGAGGCGACACGUCAGCGUUUUGUGGGUCUCUUCUCCUGUUUUUUCUCAACUUGCGUGCCGUUUUUUUGUUACCUCGCGUGAGGUUUUCUUCCUACCUGAAGUUUCGUGUUUUGCAUGGGCUUUAGGUUUUCAUUUCGGCCCGUUUGUUGUUCUACUCGAGAUCUUUGGUCUGCGGACUAUUCCCAUUCCGGGGAGUCAGAUAUCGAAAUCAAACGAUCCUGCUUCGGCUUCUGCUUCUCCAUUUAUGCUUGUAGCAAAAGAUGAGGAACGGGCAAUCAAGUGAUGACUGGUAGGUUUUUGACUGAUAGACAAGCAUCAUAUGGAUGGAUGUUCAAACUAAGUGAAUGGAAACGCUUAUCUACUUAUGACGUUGAUUUGAAUACUGGUUCAAGUGAUUGACAGGAAGACUAAGAGGCUUGUGGAAGAGUUGAUAAGACUCAAAGAUUUUUCUGUCCAUGAUAGCUAUUUACCAGUCCAAAAUUUGGGCUUAGACUUAUGGAUCAAGGGGCAAAGGAGAUUCUGCAUAAACUUUCUGAGAAGCAGGGGAAGAAAAUGAACACAGUUGAAUCCGCCCUAAAAAUUGCCAGCUUUCUUAACUUCUUUAAGGAUCAAAUAAACAUGGCUGAAGUCAAGUAUCCUCUGCAGCACUUCAAGGUAGAAAAGGAGAUCGUAUUUAUAGUCUCAACAUUACAUUCAGAUGAAUUUUUCAUAAGGGAGUUGAAACCUGGUGCGAGAACAAUGGCAUACAUGAACCGUGAUGAUGUUGCUGUAUGUGCUGCUGAUUGUCGAUUAAUGGUAUUCCAGUCAGUGGAGGACAGCACCAGAUUCUGGAUCAAGGGCCGGAAGUUUUCGAUUAGAGGCCUCUUUGGGAAGAAUGUGAAUCGAAAUGCCUUUCUUGAUGGAUCUUUGGUGAUAUUCCGACUAGCACCUCAGGAUUAUCAUGGCUUUCAUGUCCCUGUCUCUGGAGUCAUUGAAAAGUUUGGCGAUGUUUCUGGAAGUUUAUAUACGGUUAAUCCCAUAGCAAUCAAUAGCAAAUACUGCAACGAAUUCACCGAAAAUAAUCGAACCCUGGCAAUUAUAUCAACAUCAGAGUUUGGAAAGGUUCACUUUACACAAAACCCUCUGUCUUUACAUGCGGCUUUAGAAGUAGGAUGACUAGACUCUUCUAUUUCCCAAAAGAGUGGCAUUAUAUUUAUGAUUAUGGGUUGUGAGGUAAAAUUUUCUAGACUCUUCUAUUUCCCAUAAAAAACGUUAGUGACUUACGGCCAAGAUCUUACUGAUGUUCUCUCUGAAUUUUCUGUGAAUUCAUGGUACUAACAUUUCUCUUAAAAGUUUUGCUCAAAAAAAAAACAUUUCUCUUAAAAGCAUUGAUAUUAAAGAUUUUUGUCUCCUCUAACAUGAAAACAAACAUCUGGUUUAUUGGAAGAAAGCUGUGAUUUUUUGACGGGAUCAGGUAGCACACUUGGUUGCGAACCUUGGGGGCCAAUUGUCAUGCUCACGGGUUCGACACCAGGCUGUGGCGAACUGUCGAUCCCUAUCACCCACACGGAUAUGGGCCUACGCUUUAGGGCACAUUUGAAUACCCGGAGAGAAGAUCUAUCCGUGGGCUGCACCUCCACUUGGGGAUUAGUCUGGGCCUCUCCGGGGGCCUGGGAUACUCCCAGGUUAAAAAAAAAAAAAAAAAAAAAGCUGUGAUUUUGUUGAAUUGUGAUCGAACAGAGAGAGACCCAAGGCUUGCAAACAACGAUGAACAAUUUUGGCUUGGCUUUUGAUUUUGUUACUUAUCAAAACUCGAUUUUCCAAUUCCAUGUUGGAAAAAGAUAAAAAAAUAAACAAUAGUCGCAGUUAUUCUUGAUUCUUAAAUUUUAUGAUGUAGUAUUUGUUACAUAUAGAAUCGGAUUCCUUUUGCUUAAGGUAUAAUAAUCCAAUGAAACCUCAUGUGUUCAAUAGAAA